AUGGAUCAUAGACGUACGAGCGACUCGAUCAACACCUCGACCCAUUCUCCCACUUUCUAUCACACCGCCCCAUUCUCCCUCCUUCCAUCACCCCGCCCCAUUCUCCCGCUUUACAUCACCCCGCCCCAUUUUCCCGCUUUCCAUCACCCCGCCCCAUUCUCCCGCUUGCCAUCACCCUGCCCCAUUCUCCCACUUUCCAUCACCCCGCCCCAUUCUGCCUCCUUCCAUCACCUCGCCCCAUUCUCCCUCCUUCUAUCACCCCGCCCCAUACUCCCGCUUUCCAUCACGCCGCCCCAUUCUCCCGCUCUCCAUCACCCCAACCCAUUCUCCCGCUUUCCAUCACCCCGCCCCAUCCUCCAGCUUUCCAUCACCCCGCCCCGUUCUCCCGCUUUCCAUCACCCCGCCCCAUUCUCCCGCUUUCCAUCACCCCACCCCAUUCUCCCCACUUUCCAUCAACCCGCCCCAUUCUCCCUCCUUCCAUCACCCCGUCCCAUUUUCCCUCCUUCCACCACCCCGCCCCAUUCUCCCGCUUUCCAUCACCCCGCCCCAUUCUCCCGCUUUCCAUCACCCCGCCCCAUUCUCCCGCUUUCCAUCACCCCGCCCCAUUCUCCCGCUUUCCAUCACCCCGCCCCAUUCUCCCGCUUUCCAUCACCCCGCCCCAUUCUCCCACUUUCCAUCACCCCGCCCCAUUCUCCCUCCUUCCAUCACCACGCCCCAUUCUCCCUCCUUUUAUCACCCCGCCCCAUACUCCCGCUUUCCAUCACGCCGCCCCAUUCUCCCGCUCUCCAUCACCCCACCCCAUUCUCCCCCUUUCCAUCACCCCGCCCCAUCCUCCAGCUUUCUAUCACCCCGCCCCGUUCUCCCGCAUUCUAUCACCCCGCCCCAUUCUCCCGCUUUCCAUCACCCCACCCUAUUCUCCCCGCUUUCCAUCACCCCGCCCCAUUCUCCCUCCUUCCAUCACCCCGUCCCAUUUACCCUCCUUCCACCACCCAGCCCCAUUCUCCCGCUUUCCAUCACCCCGCCCCAUUCUCCCGCAUUCAUUCACCCCGCCCCAUUCUCCCGCUUUCCAUCACCCCGCCCCAUUCUCCCGCUUUCCAUCACCCCGCCCCAUUCACCCGCUUUCCAUCACCCCGCCCCAUUCUCCCGCUUUCCAACACCCCGCCCCAUUCUCCCGCUUUCCAUCACCCCGCCCCAUUCUUCCACUUUCCAUCACCCCGCCCCAUUCUCCCGCUUUCCAUCACUCCACCCCAUUCUCCCUUCUUCCAUCACCCCUCCCCAUUCUCCCUCCUUCCAUCACCCCGCCCCAUUCUCCCGCUUUCUAUCACCCCGCCCCAUUCUCCCGCUUUCCAUCACCCGCCCCAUCCUCCCACUGUCCAUCACCCCGCCCCAUUCUCCAGCUUUCCAUCACUUCGCCCCAUUCUCCCGCUUUCCAUCACCCCGCCCCAUUCUCCCGCGUUCUAUCACCCCGCCCCAUUCUCCCUCCUCCCAUCACCCCGCCCCAUUCUCCCGCUUUCCAUCACCCCGCCCCAUUCUUCCGCUUUCCAUCACCCCGCCCCAUUCUCCCGCUUUCCAUCACCCCGCCCCAUUCUGCCGCUUGCCAUAACCCCGCCCCAUUCUCCGGCUAUACAUCAUCCCGCCCCAUUCUCCCGCUUUCCAUCACCCCGCCCCAUUCUCUCGCUUUCCAUCACCCGCUCCAUUCUUCCGCUUUCCAUCACCCCGCCCCAUUCUGCCGCUUGCCAUAACCCCGCCCCAUUCUCCCGCUUUCCAUCACCCCGCCCCAUUCUCCCGCUUUCCAUACCCCCGCCCCAUUCUCCCUCCUUCCAUAACCCCGCCCCAUUCUCCCUCCUUCCAUCACCCCAUCCCAUUCUCCCGCUUUUCAUCACCCCGCUCCAUUCUCCCUCCUUCCAUAACCCCGCCCCAUUCUCUCUCCUUCCUUCACCCCGCCCCAUUCUCCCGCUUUCCAUCACCCCGCCCUAUUCUCCCUCCUUCCAUCACCCCGCCCCAUUCUCCAGCUUUCCAUCACCCCGCCCCAUUCUCCCUCCUUCCAUCACCCCGCCCCAUUCUCCCUCCUUCCAUCACCUCGCCCUAUUCUCCCGCUUUCCAUCACCUUGUCCCAUUCUCCCGCUUUCCAUCACCCCGCCCCAUUCUUCCGCUUUCCAUCACCCCGCCCCAUUCUGCCGCUUGCCAUAA